CUUUUGCCAUGUUUGCUCUGCCAUUGCGGUUUUAAUCAUCAGAUCGUGUGAGUCUGCCGAGCACCAGAACUCGAGAACCUUACAGCAGAUACUUGGGGAUACCAUCAGGCCUGACUUGCUAUGGGUUCAAGAGGAAUGUUUUCCCCAGAAGCCCUGCGUCUUGCUUAUUGACUGCCCAGUACUGAAGGCUUAUGAUUGACCGUUCUUUGACGAAUUGGCGUCACAACAGCCGGAAGACAGAUCUAGACCCCGUCCUCAACUACCGUGGAGAUCCCCACUGUUUCCAGCGAGAUACAACUGCCGCCAAGAUCAACUCUAUUCGGCGGCAGCGGACGACGGCUUGGAAUAAUGGAUUCGCGAGGGUCAUUGCUACGCUGACUGAUGCAUAUUAAAUACCUCGUUCUUUGCGAGGUCUAGAAUUCCCAUGUCACCGCUUUAUCUUGAUUACUUUAUUACCGUUUAGCUAGGCUCACUAUCCGCGGCUCGGACCACUUCUUCUGAGGUGUGCGACUUCAAGCCUGACAGCCGCAUGCCAAAUGGCUCAUGGGACUCUCACCUCCACGUCUUGGACCCAGUUCGUUUCCCGCCUAUCCCGGGAUCAUACGAGUUCGGUACAUACACAGCAUGGGAUGCGACCAUCCAAGAAACGCGACUCGGCUGUUCGCACAUGGUUUUGAUCCAACCAUCUGUCUACGGAAAUGACAAUACCUUGCUUCUUGAUACUCUCAAGGCAUUUGGGCCGGACAGGGCCCUUGGUGUCGUCGUGUUUGACGUCGCCAACACCUCAGCUGCACAGCUUAAAGAAUGGAAUGACCUCGGCGUUCGUGGUGUUCGGUUGAACUUUCAGUCAACGGGUGAUGCACCGCCUGCCGAAGAACUUGGAGAUAUGAUGCAGAGGUAUGCAGACGCUAUUCGACCUUUCUCUUGGGUUUUACAGAUCUACAUUGCCAUGAAGGACAUACCUGGUAUCGAGCCAGUGAUUCCAGAUCUCGGUGUCAAAGUUGCCAUUGAUCACUUGGGCCACCCAGAUAUCCCAAAAACGAACAAUUCUGGGUCUGCGCUCGAUCCGCACUCUCUAUCUGGAUUUGACUCAAUGCUGCGACUCUUGGAGGGAAAUAACGCCUGGGUCAAGGUGUCUGCCGUCUAUCGCCUUUCAAAAGCCCCAGGACCCUUGUACACUGACCUUGACCCUGUCAUCCUUGAGCUCUUCAAAGCAGCGCCGUCUCGACUCGUUUAUGCCUCAGAUUGGCCACAUACUAGAUUCGAGGGACUCGAUAUCAAGCCUUGGACUUCUCAUCUUCUUGAUCUGACAAACGGAAACGUGCAGCUACGAGAUCAGCUGUUUAGGGAAAAUGCACAAGAGCUGUGGGGUGGUGAUACCACAAUAGCCAGUUCAGCGAGGCCUUGACAUUGAAGCAGCAUGUCUAUUUAAAUCCCAAUGUUCCCGUGCUUUUAUACAGCCAAGUAACCAGCUAUACAUAGUGACCGGGCAUGAAGUCAUACACAAACGCCGAGGCAGCAUUUUCGCUUUCCAAACCUUGCACCGCAUGAUAAUGUGUAGUUUCUCUUAAUGCUUGCUAGACUGACUAGGGACUGGCUCCAUGAUCCCCGUGAUAGAGGAUACAGCGCCUGUCUAAAAUUCUGCCUUGGGACAUGAUGCUCCACUUACAGUGGUCGGUACCUUGUUGCCAGUCCAAGUGACCAUUUUGACUGUACAUCACCUCGAAAACAGUAUGCUACUCAUCGAACAUACGCCCUAACCCGG